AGGUAACUAUUUUCAUUCAUGAAUAGAUGAACGUAAAAUGAACGCCAUGAAAACGUCAGAAGUGUUUUUAUUAUGCAUAUUAUCGUUAGCCGUGAACCUCCAGGAAGUGUCGGCAAGCGCGUUUACAGAAAUGAGUGAUCUAGAAGCUAUACAGGCCGCCCUUGAUCACGCCGACAACGCCUUGAGGGACUUACAAGUUCUACUGUACAACGCCACGGAAAUGACCAGCACGUCACCUGAGACUACUGUGUCUCAGUCAACAGAUUCCAGCGAGGCAACUCUGUCAACUUCGAACGUGCCGUCCACAACUCUGAUAUCUUCCACCAAAAGUACUGUCAUAAUUUCUUCCACAAGCUUCAACAUCACUGAGGCUACUUCUCCUACCGCCAGCUCCACUGAAGAUGCAACCAGUACCACCACCGGUGAAACAAUUCCUACCGAUCCCACAACAGAGGAAAUAUCCACAGUCGCAAACAACACCACCGAGCGAACAACUAGAAUUUCAACCGACAACACUGAAGAGACAGAUUCAAGCCCUACUACUAUCGAGGAAACAACUACAAAACAUUCAAAGACCGACGAAACAACUGAAACCCCUACCACUACCGGGGAAACAAUUCCUACCCAUACCACAACCGAGGAAAUAUCUACAGUCGCAAAUGACACCACCGGGCGAACAACUUUAAUUUCAACCGACAACACUGAAGAGACAGAUUCAAGCCCUACUACUAUCGAGGAAACAACUACAAUACAUUCAAUGACCGACGAAACAACUGAAACCCCUACCCUAACAGAGAAAACUGCAACUACCACAAACCAAACUGAGGUAACAACAGCAAACCAUUCCACUGCUAAAGAAACGACCACAGAGUCUACAAGGACCGAAGAAACAACCUCUACAACCAGCAUGGAAACAACUAUAGUGAUUGUCACCACCGUCGAUACAACUCCCACCCCGACCAGCACUGAGGAAAUAUCAAUGACACCAACCCCCACCAUGGCAAUAACUACAACCACCAAUACCGAAGAAACGACUAAAGCGCUUACCACAACGGAGGAAACAACCCCAACCUUCACCUACGUUGAAGACACUACAACUACCCCGUACCCUACUUCUGAAACAACAGUGCUCAGCCUUACCAGCGAGGAAACAACUCUAAUCAAAACCACCUCUGAUGAAAUAACUGAAACGUCUACCGCAGCACACGAAUCUACUUCAGCAUCUAUCGCAACCGAGAGUACGACUUCAGCCCGAACUGCAAUUGAGACCACAAUUAACACUCCAACCACCUUCGAAGUUGUAACGACCAUCUCUACUACUCCCGAGGACACGCAUCCUACGCAUGCGAGCGCAGAGGAAACGUCUGCAGCUCCUACCAGCGCAGACGCUAUAACUGAUACCCCUACCACCAUCGAGGAAGGAAAUACAACAUUUACAACAUCCGCGGAAACGAUCCCAACCGCUGUCAUCCGCGAGGAAUUUUCCUUAACCACCACAUCCACCGUGGAAACAAACAACCACGUUACUUCCCUCGAAGAAAUAGCCUCAACUGCUACCACCAUCACUAACGAAUCAUUAAUCACCACUAGCAAAACAGCGGAAAAUACUACUAUUAUCAUCACUGUAUCGUCAACCACUACUAUGAACCCAGCAGAAACAACUACUAUUGCCAACACUGAAUCGUCAACCAACGACUUGUGGCAAAGACGGAGUUCGUCUCCGGAAAUUGAUCAGACAAGCAACAUAAUGCUUCACUCUCCUAACACAUCUCAGGUGGCAGAAUUGAGAAGAUCCACUAAUGAAGGUAUUAAAAAUACAAUGAAUUCCGAUGAAAACCAUCUUUAUGACCCGAAGCCAGUAAUCCGGCGGCUACUUGGACUGAUUGAUAGAAACGAUCAAAGUUUCUUGGGGCCGUCGGUCGUAGUAUCGAACGGCAGAACAGUCAAGUUCAUCGACAAGGUUGCGAAGAAUCAACUCAAGGAAGGUGAUGUGCUUGCUGAUGAAGACGAAAAUUUUGACUAUGCUCACAAUUAUUUCGAUGAAAAAGGCGAAAAUGAAUUCAGGGAGAUUAAAACUCCUAACGAAAUGCAUCAAAAAGACACUUUGUUAUUGGCUGUUAAUGGAGAUUCAAGUUUUGGUCCCAAGCACAACCGUCGGAAUUACGUUCAAGUGCAAGAUAAUUACAUGAGCGAUGACGACUCAUAUAUAAUGACGAACAUUGCCCAAGCAACAGAAAAACCAAUAAAUCUUUUCUCUGAGGUCUCCGCUAAACUAUGGAGAGCAUUAUUCAUUCAGCGGAAGAUUCCACAAGAAGCAAGACUAAGAUUUCGUCGAUCUUUGCAAGAGAAAGAAGAGGGUGAUAACCUACAAAACAUUGACCUCCUGAGCAUUGAAAGCAACAGAACAAACGCCGACUGGGAGGCUGAUGUAAUCUUGGUAGUUUCCAAAAUUAAUCGGCUUUCAUAUGAGAUUCUUGAUGGAGCAACGGACAGGGAACACGGCGAUGAACUAGAGUCCCAGGCGUCCGCCCUGGAUGCGCUCGUGCAGGAAGGGUCGUCGGACCCCAGCCUGGUUGAGGGCUCGCACGAAGAGCUUUACGUCCUCGUAGAGAACACGACUCAAGUCCUGGACAUCGCGGAGGAAUACGUCGUGGCUCGGAUCAGUGAGACGCAGGACGACGUGACAAUCCUCAUAGUCACCAUCACGCUGUCGAGCGUGGCGAUUGUGGCAAUCCUCUUCGGGCUUCUGUUCUAUUUCACUCGACCGUGGUCAGGGAGGUGUAUCUUUCCAGGAAAGAUCUGGAGAAAAAGUACGGCAAUGGAUGUCAUAGACGACAUCUCCAUGGACUUGAAGGAGACCGUGACGACUAAAAGAUAUUCAAGCUACAGCAAUACAAAUUUCGUCAACUCUAAUACCUCCGUGGACCCUUUAAAAAUUCAGGAAAACCAACAGCCUCGUCCACAGACUCCAACGAAACAAGAAUACGUUGGAAAAACAGCCUCGAAAAAUAGCGGCAAGCCUUCACUGAGGUCCGUGAAAUACACGGGCGAUUUUGAAGAUACUCAAGAGUUCUAUGGUAAAGGCGGGGCGGUUGUGGUCAUCAAACCAAGACAGGGAAUGAUGAUCUCCAAGUCGUUGAAUUCAUCGACCAACGGGAACUUGCAAACGAAAGAUCAAACUGAACUUGCGGGUCAGGAAAUGAACAUGCCAAACAUGAGGAACGGGGAAACAUCAGCCAGAAACAAGAGCAAUUCUUUGCCAAAGGAGAACGCGAAGUUGAAGAAAACUAGUGGUAUCGAUGAGGAGUUCCUGGACGUGUCGUUGAACGAAGAGCGGCGUCGGAGGAGCGAACCUUUCUUCAUGCACAUGCAGACAAUCGACCUCAGCGACGAAGAUGACUUCGGUGACCAGCUGUACGAGAGUGAGCAGUGAAAAUUAGAGAAAUCAUUUGAUUACAAACCAUUUUUAGAAUUAUUAUGAUCGUGCAAAAAAUAUUAAGCCAUAUUUUGCGUCCAAAUGAUGAGAGGUGUGCAUCACAGUGCUGGAUAUUCUGGAUAAUGUAUUCGCCAAAAGGAUAGGCCUAUAUGUAAGAUGUCAAAAGGAUACAAUGUAAGAUGUCAAAGUUAGAAAUACAGACUUUGCCUUCUGAUUUAUAUUAACACAUCCAACUUUUAAAGCUGACAGUUUUAUCCCCUUUAUAUGCAUGAUGCAAUUUUAUGACUUUAUAAGCAAUUAAUUUACACUUCGUUCAGUCUAGGACCUCAUACAGAUGAAAUAAGAUUAUUGACGCACGAUCCUAUUAGUAUAUGCAUUUUAGUAGAUUAAGUGUAUAUAGUUCUCAUCUAAUAGAAUUCAUUCAAAUUGUAUUAUCACUAUUUGUCGUUUCAGUCGUUGAGUGACGUCACAUGAUUACAUUUCACAAUUUUUAAAAAUUGUGCGAAAUGUAACGCAUUGGCUGAAUUUAA